AUGGGAAUUGCAAAUUACAACGAAGAAACCAUUUUCCACGAUCAAAAAAGCAUCUUCCUCCCCAUGUUUUGCCGCCUAUCCAUCAAAGACGUCAAGCUCACCACCAUCCCUAUCUCCUCCACCGCCGCCGCCGCCGAUCCCACCUCCCCCAUAGUCAGCUGCAUGGGCCAAGUCAAGCGCAACAGCCGCGUCUCCGGCUACCCCUCCUCCGCCACCAUCAUCUCCCACCACCACCACAAACACCCCAACAAGCCAAGAAAAAACACACACUUUUCCACCAAAACCCUCCUUCCCGCCGCCGCCGCCGCCGCCGCAGCCGGCGGCCGGAAAAGUGUGAGCCAGAGCUGCCGGAGAAAAUCGAGGAGACCGGCGGCGAGGGUCAGCUUUGAUCAAGAAUUGUGUAGUGUUAAGGCGGCAGCGGCGGCGUUGGAUAUUAGCAAGAUGGAUCCGCCGCUGCCGGUGGUGAAGAGGGCCGCGGCCGAGGUGAAUUUGUGGAAGAGGAGAUUUGAUGGGGUGAAAAGCAUGAGUAUUCAACCCAUCCGUUUGCCAGCUAAGGAAUUUCGACCGGCGUCAGCCGCGGUUGACGACGGUACGAGGUUUAUGCAGUAA